UAUAAGGAGCCAGCAGAGAAAAGGAGGCAAGCUUGAAAGAAGCUGGUUGGGCCCUUAUACAAUUGUGCACCUUCAAGAUAAAAGUGCUGACCUAAUGGAUAAACAUGGAGUGAUGCAUCCCAAAAUCAGUACCGACCAUCUAAAACUCUUCAUUGAUGACACACCACGCAUACCCCAUAGACUACAAGGACCACAGUGCAAAAGACCACAUAUAGACAUGACUGGUGAAACUGGACCAUCCCCUUCAAUCCUUCCUGUAUACCUUACAAUGUCGCAGCACAAUCAGCAUCCACCCUCUUCUCCAUCCUCACUCUUAAUCCCAUCACCAAUUGAUUUGUCAAUGCAACGCCUGUGCUCUCCUGUGUCCCAUACUACUGCUGUGGCAACAUUGGUACCAGAUGACCACACAGAUGCAGUGCAUUGUAUCAAUAGUGCAUGGGCUGGAAAUGACAGUUAUGUACUGCUGUGGAAAGUUGGACCCUAUAAAGUCUUCUACAAAGACUUGCAGAUUGGCCCUGGGAAGAAGUUGGAGAGUGAAGUUAUAAAUUCAUAUCUGUCCCUGGUUGUGAGGCAGCACAACUUAAUCUCAACAGAAAAGGCAUACCAUAUGGACACAUUUGCCAUUACAGAAAUGUGGAAGGGAAGAAUCGAAAGAAUCAAGGUGUUCUGCAAACGAGUGAAUUCCAGACCUGAAAAAUGGGAUUAGUACCUGGAUGCAGUAAUGUUUGGUCUUCGAACCAAGACAGCUGACAACUAGGUUCUCACUCUUUUUCCUAAUGUUUGGGAGAGAGGCUAGAUAUCCUUG